AUGGGUAAAAAACAGCAGCAAAAAUCGAAGGAACCUGCGGCGAAAAAAGUUGGAUUUUCAGCAGAUGCCACGUCAUCAGAGAGUAGUAGGUGAGUGGAAUUUUCGAAUAUUUAUAUGGGAGAAAAUACACGUGGCAUGGAAACGAACCAAAUAUUGUUUUCUAUAGCGAAAAAAUCAAAUUAAAUCAGAAAAAUCAAUUAAAGAAAAAAUCAAAAAAUUAGCGAAAAAAUCAAAUUUCAAUCCACGUGGCGUAGAAAUUAUCGAUUUUCAGAAGUUUGAAUCCACAUGGAUUUUCAAGUGAAUAAUAUUAUAAUAAUAAAUCCCCGAGGCGCUCAAAAAUCGAUAAUUUCGCAGCAAAAUUCUUAAAUUCGACUGAAAAGUUCUCGCCGAAAAUUGUGAUUUUUAGCUGAAAAUCUCUGAAUCCUACUACAAAACAUCCAAAUUUUUGAAAGAGUUUCGAGCUCGUAAAUCCACAUCGAGCCUGAAAUUCUCUGGAUUUCGAAAAAAUUAAAUUUUGAGCCGCAAAUAAAUAUUGAAAGUUCCCAUAUGAUUUCAGCUCAAAGUUAUCCACGUUCUGUACAAAAUUACGUGUUGAAUUAUCGAUUUUUUGAGCUAAGAUUUCCACGUGUCAUUCCCUUUCCCCUUUUCUCCAAACCUCCAAUUUUUCCAGCCUAAAACGUAGUUCAACAUCAUCUCUGAAACCUUCGCCAUCUUUAAACACCCUAAAUCGAAUGGAACGCGACACCAUUGUUUUAUGGAAAAAGCCGCUCACAACAAUAUAUUAUGCAAUUCUUGAGUUGCUUCAUCUCCUUCUCGAACUUCUCAGCAAAAUCUUCGAACACAAAGCUUUGGUGCUCCUAGUAGUUGGCUCAAUUCUAGCCGCAUUCUAUGCCUAUCAUACUCCCGGAGAUCAUCAAAAAUAUGUGCAAAAAGUGGAGAAGAAUCUAAUCUGGUGGAGUUGGUGGAUCUUUUUGGGUGUGUUGAGUUCGAUCGGUUUGGGCUCUGGUUUGCACACAUUUUUGAUCUACUUGGGACCACAUAUUGCUGCUGUCACAUUGGCUGCUUACGAGUGUGGAAGUCUAGAUUUCCCCGAGCCACCGUAUCCCGAGAAUAUUCAAUGUCCAAGUUCGGGUAAAUCAUCAGUGGGAGUAACGCUGUGGGAAAUUGUGGCGAAAGUUCGAAUCGAAUCACUUUUAUGGGGAGCUGGAACAGCUUUGGGUGAAUUGCCACCAUAUUUUAUGGCACGGGCUGCUCGUUUGGGUGGACAACAACCAGAUGAUGAAGAAUAUCGAGAGUUUUUGGCAUUGAUGAAUGCGGAUAAAGGAGGAAUGAAUGAGGAAUUGGUGGGUUUUUUGGAGGAAGAGAGAAGGAAGGGAAAUGACAUAAAAAUAAAAAUAAAAUUGAAUAAAAUUGGCUAACCUGAGCAUUUUUGCGAGAAAAAUUUUGGUGCAAACAAUUUUUGUCGCUCAAAAUAUUUGAGAUUCAUUGCUCAUAUUAUACUUUUUAUUCUUGGAUAAUUUUUGAGUUGAACUGUUUUUUCCAGAAAAUCAGAAACAAACUCUUGUUAUUUGAGUUUUAAAUUUCCAUUUUUUCCCUGAAAAUUUCACAUUUUUUCAGUCUUGGACAGAUCGCGGCAAACAAUGGGUGGAGAAAUUCAUAUCCCGUGUCGGAUUUCCGGGAAUCUUGUUAUUCGCGUCAAUUCCAAAUCCACUUUUCGAUUUGGCCGGAAUCACAUGCGGACAUUUCUUGGUCCCAUUCUGGUCCUUUUUUGGUGCCACAUUGAUUGGAAAAGCACUUGUUAAAAUGCAUGUUCAGGUAAAUUUCGAGUUUCGACUUUGUUUGAUUUGGGAAGAGAAAGAAGCAAAUAUAAAUAUUAGAAGAAUAAGAAAAAGUUAGGGUAAAUAAUAAAAAAUGUUGAGAAAAAGAUCAUAAUCGCUCGAAAAUUGGAGGGAAAUAAAAAAUGUUUUCUGAAGCAGUGAAAAUAUAUAUCGAAAAAAUCAAAUUCUGAAAUGUUCUGUUUUCUUCUUCUAAUUUGUUCAAUUUUCAAAAUUUUGCAGCAAAGAAUUUUUAAAAUUCAAUUUUUCACAAGAAAAAUAAUAUUCAAUGUGUUUUUCAAUGAGCAAUCUAAGUUUAUCCAAUCUAAAAUAUUUUAAUAAAUUUUCGACUGCGACUCAAAAAAUAUGCAUUUUUUGAAAAAGCGAUUUUUCUAAAUUUUUAUCUUUAUAUCUACAUUUUACUACAAAUCUAAGUUCAUAAUGAAAAAAAAUGACCAAUUGAAACAGUGCUUUUUACAACAAUUUUCUAUCUAAUUUAAAAUGCCUAAAUUUUCAAGAUAAAAAUAAUUUAGUAUAAAAUCUCAAAUGAAUUUUUAUAGUAGUAGUUUUUUACAGAUGUUAUUUGUGAUUAUCGCAUUCAGUGCUCAUCAUGCUGAACAUGUUAUAGAUUUAAUUGAAAAAGUGAGUUUUUUCGCCCAAUUUAUUUUUUUCUCAAAUCCAAUUUCAGAUUCCUGCAAUUGGUCCACAUAUUCGAAAACCGAUUAGUGAUUUAUUGGAAAAACAAAGGAAAUCUUUACAUAGAACACCGGGAGAUCAUGUUGAACAGGUUGGUGCGAAAAAGAAAAUGAAAAUUUUAUAUUUCAAAAAGUUCUGCUAAAAAUCAGAAUUUUUAUUGAAGAAUUUCAUGGUUUCAUAGAAGUUUUAGAAAACAUCCAAUUCUUCUUUUCCUAAUUUUUAAGUCCAAAAAUCGUUUUUCCAGAGCUCCUCAAUUCUGGCAACAAUUUUAUCAGCAAUCGUUUCUUUAAUGAUUUUCGGGUUCCUUCUUUCAAUUGUCAAUUCGCUUGCUCAAUCAUAUCACAAAAGAAAAUGGGAAAAAACUAGAAAUUUGCAAAAGGUCGAGUGAUAGGUAUUUUUAAUUAAUUAGUUAAUUAAUCAUUUUGUUUUCCUGCCAAAAACUGGGUAUUCUUCUUUUAAUUUUUAAUUUGUAUUCAGCCAAAAAAACAUUGAUUUUUCUUCAGAAUUUGAUAGAAGAGGCAAAUUUAUCAUUGAUAUGUGAAGGAAAAGAAAAAGGAGAAAGUGAUGUUGUUGCUGAAAAUUUGGCUGAAAUUGUUUAA